GCACCCAUCUUCAUGCCGCCCUUGACGUUUCUGCCACAGGCCACAUACAUCUCUUCGGAGUUCUGGCACUCGCUGAGCAAGCAAAAGAUAGAUGUAGACAAGCUGCGAGAGCAAGAGAAUUCCAUCACUGCGGCAAUCACCCUGAAAGCUAAGCAAGAUGAGGCGCCUCCGCGCGUCGACUUGGAUGGCAGCAGCUUUACUGCAGACGCAGCUACAAUGCGCAUUCAAGGAACAGCUCUGAAUCUCAAUACAAUUGACACCUUCAAAGCGUACGACAAGAAUGAAUUCUUGAGGAGAGCUGCACAGCCCAUUCAAGACGCCAUCAGUGACCGGACUAUUCUUCAUAAGCCGGCACUUCUGUCUUCAUUCGCUCUGCUUUGCUUUGCAGAUCUCAAGAAAUACACAUACACGUACUGGGCUGCCUUUCCCGCCUUGCCCAGUAGCUGGAGCGCUUCAUCAAGUCUGUUCACGAGCAACUUGGCAACGUGCGAGGCCUUCUUCCUAAUUGAUCGGCGUGACAAUACGACGCACUCUCUCUAUGCUGACGUGCCAGCUCAAUAUCGGGUCUUUGGCUUUCUCGACACGUCGAGCCAUCCUAGCUGCCUUUCAUGGCCAGCGCGCAACUAUUUGUUCAUGAUUAGUCAAGUAUUCAACCUUACAGAUCUGCAGUUGGUGGCAUACAGAGGGUCUCAUCCAGGCAAUCCAUCUCUGUUGCUCAACUGUCACUUGGAAGAGCCAAUAGCCAAUCUGCCACCUGUUGGCUGGGAGCGCGACCGCAAUGGUCGAUUGGCACCACGCAUUACAGCUCUCUCAUCUCAGCUAGAUCCUACCAUCCUCGCCAAUGAUGCUGUUCAUCUCAAUCUCAAGCUCAUGCGCUGGCGUGCUAGUCCUUCACUUGAUCUAGACGCCAUUAAGAGCACGCGUUGUUUGUUGCUUGGAGCAGGCACACUUGGCUGUUAUACUGCACGCUUGUUGAUGGCUUGGGGUGUGAAUCAAAUCACAUUUGUUGAUAAUGGUACAGUGUCCUGGUCGAAUCCUGUUCGUCAACCGCUCUUUCGAUAUACCGAUGCCGGGACAGGCAAGAGCAAGGCGACUGUCGCUGCAGAAUCAUUGAAGGAAAUAUAUCCUGGAGUCAAUGCGAUUGGAGUUGCGCUGAGUGUUCCUAUGCUAGGUCAUCCCUUACCCACUCUUGCUGAAGCACGAGAGAAAGCACGUCGAGAAUUUGAACAGCUUUGUCAGCUUAUUGACAGCCACGAUGCCGUUUUUCUCCUUAUGGACUCUCGAGAAAGUCGAUGGCUGCCAACUGUGCUUGGCAAGGCCAAGAAUAAAAUUGUGCUGAAUGCUGCACUUGGAUUCGACUCGUACGUCGUUCUGCGUCAUGGAACAACCAGCAAUAACCUUGGAUGCUACUUCUGCAACGAUGUAGUUGCACCAAGCAAUUCGCUUGACGAUCGGUCCCUCGACCAGAUGUGCACUGUGACGCGGCCAGGGUUAGCAGCACUUGCCUCUGCACAUGCUGUCGAAUUGCUCGUCAGUAUGUUGGCACAUCCAGAUAAACAGCAUGCAUCUGCGCCAAAAGACAAGAAUGAUGGCUCGAAUGACGGGCUCCUUGGAAGGGUGCCGCACACCAUCCGAGGUUUUCUUGGAAGUUUCAGCAAUUUAGUUUUGCGCGGUGAAGCAUUUCCGCAAUGCUCAGCAUGCUCUGUGGCCGUCUUGGAGGCAUAUGAAGAAGGUCACUGGGAUUGGGUGCAACGGGCCCUCGAUGACCCAGCGUAUAUUGAACAGCUGAGUGGCCUGGCAGGCAUCAAAGCAGCAGCUGCAGCAUUAGACUGGGAUGAUGAUCUCGAAAGUGAGUCUGGCCUCGAAUCUUCUUCAUAGCAUACAGAGCAAAUGAAUUCAAUGAUCAUGUA